UUCUCCACACUCCUCUCCCCAAAACCUUCACUUUUCCUCUCCAAAACCAUCGCGCUCUCUUUAGAACAAAAUGGCUCCAAAUAAUGACGACCGCCGCUUACGCUCUCAUGUAUAUCUCUGAUCGUAUUAAUGGAAUUUGAAUCUUGAAAUAAUAAUUUCCCUAAGUCGUAUCUCAAAAUCGUAAUUUAUGCGGGAAAGGUGGAAUUUUUAGCAGCUUCGCGAGCUCUUUUUAUAAAUUUAAAGGAUUGCUAAAGCUAAAGCUUUCCAUUUCAGAGACCCUUUUUGCUUGUUUUUAUUUACAUUUCUUGUGUUUAUCAGUGUAAAUAUAUAUGUAUUUCCAAUGAUUACUGAUCACUACUCGAAGAUGAUAUCGGGAGUUGGAAUGCGAUCAAGGCUCGCAAGAGGCGGCGAUUAUGGCGAAGAGCUAGAGCUGCUGCUGAGAGAGCAGAGGCGGCAGCUAGACGAGGCGAAUGAUCGAGAGAGAGAACUCAGUAUAUGUAGGAGUGGGUCAGCCCCGCCUACGGUCGAAGGAUCGUUGAGCGCGUUUGGUGGUCUGUUUGGCGCUGCAGGUGGUACUUCCAGUGGAGUUUCUGAGGAGGAGCUGAGGUCUGAUCCUGCCUACAUUUCCUAUUACUACUCGAACGUGAAUCUAAAUCCCCGGCUUCCUCCACCUCUGUUAUCAAAGGAGGACUGGCUAUCCGCGCAGCGGCUUCAGGGCGCCGGAGGUAGUAAUGCUUGUUGUGGUGGUGGUGGUGGGAGUCCGCUGUCACUUGGUGGGGUCGGAGACAGGCGUAGGGUUAGUAUGGGUGGUGAAGGAGCCAAAGAGAAGUCUUUGAUUUCUACACAGAUGGAGUUUAGUGGGGAAAAUGUAGAGAAUGGAGUUGAAUCCCCAAACGAUUGGGGGACAAAUAGACUUAUUGGAUUACCAGGAUUGGGUUCUGGAAGCCGGCAGAAGAGCAUAGCUGAAAUGAUUCAGGAUGAUAUAAGUUACAGAAAAUCUACUGCAAGAUAUCCAUAUCAUCCCGCCAGCCGUACAAUCAAUAAUUUCAUCGAGCCUUCUGACCCUCUGUUUAUUGAUCUCCAACAUGAACCUUCAUCUUUGGAUACAUUGCAUUCUCAAUCAAGUGUUCCAGAUACUCGUUCAAUGCAAAGUGUUGGGUCAUCUUGUUCUCGUGCUUAUGCUUCUCCUGUAGGUGCUUCACUCUCCAGAAAUACUACCCCAGAUCUUCAACUUAUUGCUAGAGCUCCCAGCCCACGAGUACUGUCCACUGGGUUGGGGACAAGAAGCUCAUCUGAUAAUCUAAAUGUCAUAAAGUCAUCUGUAGAUGUUGAUGCUUUACAGGGUAUGGCUGAGCCUGCAGAUCUAGUUGCUGCCUUGUCUGACAUGGACUUGUCUGCUAAUAUGUUAGAUGAAGAAAACCAUCUGAAGUCUCUAACCCAUCAUGACAUUCACAAACAACAGAAUUUCUUACACAUGCAGAAUGGAACAAACCAUAUCAAGCAGCAAUCGCUGAUGAGUAAGUCUGGUAUUCUACCUACUGAUUCACACUUCAUAGGCCCCUAUACACCAACUCUCAGUAGUGCGGGGAGCUCACCAACUCAGCAUCCGACUGUUGGCAGUCCAAAUUCAAUGUCUUUCGGAUAUGGUAUGGGCAGUUAUGGAUUAAACCCUCUAUCACCAUGUAUGUUGGAAAACCAGUUUGAGAGUGGUCAUUUGCCUUAUUUAUAUGAUGAUAUGGAUUCACGAUCAACACGAGGUGGCUUGACUUUGGGACCUAAUUUAUUAGCUGCAACAGCAGAAAUGCAGAAUCUUUAUAGACUUAGGAAUUCCAGUUUGGGGAAUUCUGUGCAAGAUCCCUUGAUGGAUUCACGGUAUCUUCCAUACUUGACAUCAACUGAGCUUUCUGAUGCUAGUAGCCUCACAGCUCUUAACAAUCCAUUACUUAACAGAGAAUCUUUGGGCAACUCAUACAUGGGCUUUCCUGAAAUUCAAAAGGCUCACUUGGAAUCGCUUGCUUCUCAAAAAUUACAGUAUGGCUUUAGCAAAACUGGUGAUGCAAACCGUGGCUACUAUGCAAACCCAACACCUGGUAUUAGUAUGCCAUACCCUGGAAGUCCUUUGGCAGGCUGCAUUCUACCUAAUUCUUCUUUUGGACCUGGUAGUCCUGUAAGGUAUGGUGGAAGAAAUGUGCAUUUUGCAUCAGGUAUGAGGAACGCAAGUGCUGGUGUGAUGGAGGACUGGCUCUCUGAUUCAGCGUCUUUCUUGGGACAGCGGGCCUCAUUGUUAGAUGACUUCAAGAAUAAUAAAGCUAAAUGUUUUGAGUUAUUGGAGAUUGAUGGCCAUGUUGUCGAGUUCAGUGCGGAUCAGUAUGGAAGUCGAUUCAUUCAACAAAAACUUGAGACUGCUACUGUUGAAGAAAAGAACAUGGUCUUUCAUGAAAUUUUGCCCCAUGCUCUAAACUUAAUGACUGACGUGUUUGGUAAUUAUGUGGUCCAGAAGUUUUUUGAACAUGGAAGUGCUAGUCAGAUAAGAGACCUGGCUGACAAACUCUCUGGACAUGUUCUCACCCUUAGCCUUCAAAUGUAUGGCUGCAGGGUUAUCCAGAAGGCAAUAGAGGUUGUUGAUCUGGACCAAAAGAAAAAAAUGGUUGCAGAGCUUGAUGGCCACAUUAUGCGCUGUGUGCGUGAUCAGAAUGGGAAUCAUGUUAUCCAGAAGUGUAUCGAAUGUGUUCCUGAAGAUGCCAUUCAGUUUGUUGUUACUACAUUUUAUGACCAAGUCAUUACAUUGUCCACUCAUCCAUAUGGGUGUAGGGUCAUCCAGAGAGUUCUGGAACAUUGCAACAGUCCUGAAACACAAAGCAUUAUAAUGCAUGAGGUUUUGCAAUCUGUUAGCAUGAUGGCUCAAGAUCAAUAUGGGAAUUAUGUUGUUCAGCAUGUGUUGGAGCAUGGAAAACCAGAGGAGCGUUCAUCUGUAAUUAAUAAGCUAAAGGGACAGAUAGUCCAGAUGAGCCAGCAGAAAUUUGCCUCCAAUGUUGUGGAGAAGUGCUUAACUUUUGGCACUCCUGAAGAGCGCCAGACCUUGGUAAAUGAAAUGCUUGGUUCUCCGGAUGAAAAUGAACCUCUUCAGAUUAUGAUGAAAGACCAGUUUGCAAACUACGUUGUACAGAAAGUGCUCGAGACUUGUGAUGACCACCAACUUGAACUAAUCCUCAACAGAGUAAAGGAUCACUUGAAUGCCUUGAAGAAAUAUACCUACGGAAAGCAUAUUGUUACCCGUGUGGAGAAACUUGUUGCUACUGGAGAAAGGAGGAUCGGGAUUCUAUCUUCAUAUUCUGCAUAGAUGGGAUAGAAAAGGAAACUGUACAGCUAACUGAGGCUAGUGUCACUCUCUUCUUCUUUCACGGUAUGCAGUUUGUAGCCAUAUAUCUGUGAAGGCGCGACAGAAAUAAAAGGCUUCUUCUACUGGUUGUACUUACAAACAUGUACAUUUGUUAGACUCGAGUAUACUAUUGUUAUAUAUCCAAAUGGCAAAAACAUUCAACUAAUGUGAUGCCAUUGUGCGGAGAGAAUAUAUAAAGUUCACUGUUCAUGUUUGGAGUGUGUACAGACAGAGAAGGUAAAAGGAAAAGGUUAGCUCGUGACUGUAAAAUGUUGCAAUGUGUUUGAGGAUAUAGCUAAGCUUAUGUACGAAAUAGUGGCAUAUCUCUUGCUCUUUUUUAAUAAUGGAACAUAUUAUCUUAUUAUCUCUC